AUGUGGGCACAAGUCAUGGGACCAUCCAAGCCUACCAUCGAGUGCGGCCUCUCCUGCAAAGGAGAGAAGACCCACCUGCCAGGGAUGCUGGACAGCGGUGCAGAUGUGACCAUCAUCGCCCGUUCAGAUUGGCCAGCACACUGGGAUCUACAACCUGUUGCAGGCAUGAUUUCCGGGAUCAGUGGAACUAUAGUAUCCGUGAGGAGCAAGAACAACAUCCUGGUUGAAGGGCCAGAAGGAUUUCUGACUGGGGCCACUGAGUUGAGCACGCUGCCAGAAAUAUCCCGUCUCACCUGGAAAAGCCACAAGCCAAUCUGGACUGAGCAGUGGCCCCUAAAGAAAGCCAAGCUGCGUGCCCUAAACGCCCUCGUGGAAGACCAGCUCAAAAAAGGCCACAUAGUGGAGUCCGAAAGCCCUUGGAACUCUCCAGUCUUCGUUCUACCAAAGCCAGGUACAAACAAGUGGAGACUUCUCCACGACCUUCGCAGAAUCAACGAAGUCAUCGAGGACAUGGGCCCUCUUCAGCCUAUCCCGCCCUCCCCAUCGAUGCUACCUAGAGACUGGAGACUUGCUAUCAUAGACAUUAAGGACUGUUUCUUCAGCAUACCACUACAUCCUGAGGAUGCUCCACGGUUUGCUUUUUCCGUUCCCUCUAUUAACAAGGAAGCUCCGCUCAAAAGAUACCAUUGGCGUUAUUUUCCUCAGGGAUUAAAAAACUCGCCGACUGUCUGCCAGUGGUACGUGUCUCACAUCCUGUCUCCCAUUUGGAAAUCAUUUCCGGACGCCAUCAUCUAUCACUAUAUGGAUGACAUUCUGGUGUGUGCUUCAGACAAAGCUUACUUGGACAAAACGGUCAAAAAGACUAUUGAAGCCAUUGAAAAGGCAGGAAUGGAAAUUCGUGAGGACAAAAUUCAGUACACCGAGCCAUGGACUUACCUUGGAGUCCAGAUCCGGGAAAGAACUAUCCUACCUCAGCAGAUCGUCAUCAACGACGACCCAAAAACCCUCAGGGACUUACGCAGCCUGUGUGGAUCCAUCAGCUGGCGUGGGAAGGGCUUUAACUGCAACUCCAACCUCAUCAAGCACCAUCGCAUCCACAUUGGAGAGAGGCCCUACGAGUGUCACCAGUUUCAGAAGAAGUUUCGGACCAGCUCCCAUCUCCGCUGCCACCAGCACAUUCACAAACAGGAGAGGCCCUUCCGCUGCCCUGACUGUGGGAAGGGCUUCAAGCACAACUCCAACCUCAUCACCCACCAAUGCAUCCACACAGAGGAGAGGCCCUACGAGUGUCCCCAGUGUGGACAGAGCUUCAGCCAGAGCUCAGAGAUGGUGGUCCAUGAGCGGCUUCAUGAUGGGAAGAAGGCCCACAAGUGCUUGGAGUGUGGGAAGAGCUUCAGGCAGAGCAACCACCUGAUGAACCACCAGAUUAUCCACAUCGGGGAAUGGGCCUAUGAGUGUUGGGAGUGUGGGAAGGGCUUCAGCUACAGAUCCAACCUUGUGACCCACCAACGCAUCCACACUGGGGAGAGGACCUAUGAGUGUCCCCAGCGUGGCCAGAGAUGGAGCCAGAGCUCGGAGCUGGUGCUCCAUGAGCAGCUCCAUGAUGGGGAGAAGCCUCACACAUGUGGGGAGUGUGGGAAGAGCUUCAGGCAGAGCUCCAGCCUGAUGAAGCACCAGAGGAUCCACACUGGAGAACGGCCCUUCGAGUGUGGGGAGUGUGGGAGGAGCUUCAGCCUGAGCUCCAACCUGAUCAAGCACCAGAGAACCCACACUGGAGAGAGGCCCUACGAGUGUGGGGAGUGUGGGAAGCGCUUCAGGUGGAGGGGCGACCUGAUCAAGCACAAGAGGAUCCACACUGGGGAGCAGCCCUUCGAGUGUGGGGAGUGUGGGAAGAGCUUCUCACAGAGCUCCCACCUGUCCUCGCACCAGAGGACCCACACUGGGGAGAGGCCCUAUGAGUGUUCCAAGUGUGGGAAGGGGUUUCAGAUCAGCUCCCGUCUCAUCAGGCACUAUCAGAGUCACACAGAGGAGAGGCCCUUCCAAUGCCCCGAGUGCGGGAAGGGAUUCAGGCAGAACUUCCACCUCGUCAGGCACCGGCGCAUCCACACUGGGGAGAGGCCCUACGAGUGUUCCCAGUGUGGGAAG